AUGGGAGGGGGCGAGCGAGCCGAGCCAGCAGUAACGAGCGAGGUGCCAACUCGGGCGGGCGGGCGCUGUGAGCCGCGCGCCGUGUGCGCGCGUGUGUGUGUGUGGCUGUGGGGUAGGCCAGGUCUGUUGUGGGGUGGCGCAUUCCAGCGCCCCGCCACCCGCGGCAGGUUGGACUUUGUCGGUGGGCCUCAAAGCGGCCGUCCCCGCGCGCCCCUCUCCCCCGCUCCCGCCCCCGCAGCGGCAGAGGCGGCGGCCUCGGUUCCCAGGCCGGGCCCCGCUGGGCGCCGCUCAAUGAAUGGCCCGGGGCCGCGGCGGGCGCCCGCUUUGUCUGCGCAGGACGGCGCCGCGCUGCGCCGUACCACACAUGUGCCGGGCAGACCGCGGAUUUGCGUGAGCGACACCUCGCCGCCGCCGCCGCCGCCGGACAAAGGCCGGCCUGGGACCGCCGGGCGCGCCGCGGUCCCGUGA